AUGGUAGUAUGGAACCAUAUAGAUCUUGGCGUACAUUACAUGGUAGAUGCACGAGUUAACGCUCCAUCAGCUCCACCGCCGCCGAGAAGGGAAGAGCAGCAGCAAUCCAGAAAAGAAGAAGAGCCUCAGCCAUCGAGAAGAGAAAUCGAGAAGAACCAUAUUCUUGCCGCCUGUACUGGACAGAAGACUUCCAUCACUGCAUCGGCUCAAUUUACACCUGAAGUCGACAUGGUACGAGGGACCUUUUCAAGGGAUGUGAAUAAGUGGGGCAUCAAAGAUACUCGAACGACAAACGCAAAUGAAGUGUUUCACAGGUGUGAUGGAUGA